GGGGCUCCCCAGGAUUGUUCACAACAACAGAGGAAGGCACACCAGCUCUGACCAAAUACAGCCGAGUCGCGUUUGUCAGGUCCCGUUUAGGAAGCAUACAAACGGAAAGUAACGUUAACGCGUCCCCGCUGCUUCUCCUGCCCCCUUCUUCUCUGUGAGCUGUUGUUUGUAUCGAGCUAGCUUUGUCCUUGGGUCGCUGAUAUAUAUUUAUACAAAUCGUUGUGGAAUAUGGCUCAGCAUGGACAUCAUGUAGCCAGUUCCCAAAAAGCACUAAUGCUGGAGAUGAAAAGUCUCCAAGACGAGCCGGUCGAAGGGUUCAAGAUAACUUUGGUGGACGAGUCGGACAUGUACAACUGGGAAGUAGCGAUAUUCGGACCCCCAAACACACACUACGAGGGUGGUUAUUUUAAGGCUCGGAUCAAGUUCCCCGUCGACUAUCCGUACUCUCCACCUGCUUUCCGUUUCCUCACCAAAAUGUGGCACCCUAACAUUUACGAGAACGGGGAUGUGUGCAUCUCUAUUCUGCACCCACCGGUGGACGACCCACAGAGCGGGGAGCUGCCCUCAGAGAGGUGGAACCCCACACAGAACGUCAGGACCAUCCUGCUCAGCGUGAUCUCUCUGCUCAAUGAGCCCAACACCUUUUCCCCGGCCAACGUGGACGCGUCCGUCAUGUACCGCAAGUGGAGGGACAGCAAGGGCAAGGACAGAGAGUACAUCGAGAUCAUCAGGAAGCAGGUGCUCGCUACCAAAGCCGACGCAGAGCGGGACGGCGUCAAGGUUCCCAUCACGUUGGACGAGUACUGCGUCCGCACCCAAGUCCCACCCACAGACGACGGUUCCAACCUGUUAUACGAUGAUUACUACGACGACGAGGACCUAGAGGACGACGACGAGGAUGACGACGAGGACUGUUGCUAUGACGAAGAUGACUCGGGCACGGAGGACUCCUGACCUCGUCUCCCUGUGAUGUCACUCCCGCCCCUCGUCUUCCCCGACCACUUCCCCCACCCCUCCUUCCCUCUUCUGUCAUGAACUGAACUUUAAUCCCACCCCUGGCACCCCCACCCAUUCCUGAACCCCAUCAUCCUCACUUAGCACAGGCCCCCUGUCCACCUGUCACACGUGCAGUCAACAAUAUGCACACUAAAACCAGAUGCAUUGAAGAAAAGAAAGCUACACAGUUGUUUUCGUUUUGUUUUAUGUUUCUUUUUUUAAUUUUUAAUUUCUGAGUAGAGGUUACACACAUAAACAGAUUGAGAUUUGACUUCCUCGUCUGCACUGAUAACAAGAACUGGUUUGAAUUCCCCCAAAGCGCUUUAUCUCAAAGUCCUGCCCCCCGUUUGGCUUUGAGUGGAACAAAGCCUGUCUGAUGGCCAAGUUUCUUUUAAAAAUUUGGCCAAGGAUCGGUCGCGCCUUUUCUUGACGUCAUCAGUCGGGAGGAAAGCAAUGCCACAAGUCAGAUCAGAGUAAAACAAGCAGAGGGAGCUAAUUUAGGAGAAAUAGGCGUACAGUGCAAUUUUGUGCGUGUGUUUAAAAGCUGAGUCACUUCCGUCUCUGAGCCGUGCGAGUGUGUAAGUGUGUGUGUAUAAGUGUGUGUGUGACCUCUGGUUUGAAGCCCUUUCAUGCUUCACCUCUGACCUUUUUGAGCCGCAGGGCUUGUGCUGCUCCAUACAGGGAAGUUAUCCAUUUCAAAAAGCCGUUCACUCCCUCGUGCCUUCCCUCACUCCCUUUUUCUCGCAGACCUGAAUGACUUGUAUAGGGGUCGGGGUCGGGGGAUGCAUUCAGGCUCACAAGGUCUCAGGUGGGGGAAAUACUGUGCAAACAGCGCCCUCCUGAUGGAACAACUUUUAUUUAUAGCAGCACCUGUCAGAUUUGUUCGGGGUUAUAUGUGAGUGAGAAAGGUAAGAUCGAACAGCUGAACUGAAGAAUGGAAUGUAGAUGAGAAUCCCACAAACGUCCUCUACCGACCACCACGCAGCCUUCGGCGUACACGCACCUGCUACUAGAGGCCUGGACGCAUCAAGAAACGGUUGGCAAAGGCUGCUGCUCAUGAAAUCCAAUGUACUGUAUUUAAAAACCUAUGCAGUCAGUGCUUCAAUCUACUUCAUAUGCAGUGCUUUAAACGUGGCAGUAAAGCUGAGCCUUUCGAACAAUGGCUGGAACACCUCGAGCCAGACUGGUCUGACAGCUCUCAACCCCAAGUCUGUAUCUGCGAGGGUUUCGGACUGACUGUGUCCUCGGUUAGAGACAGACAUGUGCAGUCGUAUCCGUUUUUUUCUGUUUGUACUUGUUCGGUGGUUUGUUAUUCUAAGCCAGAGUAGCACAAGUCUCCAGAGCAGAAGAAGAUUGGACACCAGCCUUCACAGAGCACACCCCCUAGCGGUGACUGCAUGUACAGGAUGUGUUUUUGUUUUGUAACCCCAAUUUGGCCGCAGCCAUCUUGACUCACCUGAAUCAAUGAUCCCUGUUACCUCACUGGAGAUCAGGUAGCAGCGUGAGUGAUUCACGAGAAGGAAAAUGUGUCCGAUGUAUAUGUAGACUGUUUGUCUGUCUCACCGCCAGGACAAAGACAAACGUUACCACCACCCAACAGUAUUUCUGAUAAAACUGUCAACAUCACGGCUGUAACCAUGUUUCUGUUGUGUGUGUGUGAGUGCGUGCGUAUGUGUGUGUGAUUAUUCUCUGAUCGUUUAUAAGAUGCGCUCAUUUAACAAGGCGAGAGGUGUGGAGAAGAAGCGCACAAACGAGAGAAGGCAUGGGGUGGGGGUGUAGAGGGUUGAUCUUUGAGCAUGAACAGGAGAAUGUGGUUCUUCACUAGCAUGCUGUUAUGACGUGUUUGUGGUUUUAGAUCUGCUAUAAGGGUCCCGGAUUGUGUCCAAGGACAAAGGUCCUCGCCUCGAUUUCUAUCUAAAACGGUUGAAUUGUGAAUGGGCUGAGGGUUGUCUGUUUUUUUGGGGGGGGGGCUUCUUUUGCUGUUUUGAUGUAAUCUUUUACUUCCAAAUUGUGGUGUGAGCUGCAAUGUUUUCUAUCUUAUAUGUAUUAAGUGCUAAGAAUAUUGACCUGAUUGUUAAAAACCCAGGAUUGUUUAUGGAAGAACAAAUAAAUGUACCAAUGGAUGACAGAAAUGUCAACAAAAAAAGAAAAAAGAAAAAACAGAAAAA